CAUUAUUUAAACAGGCCUUACAGAAUUGACAAAGAAUGUCCGAGUCUGAUAAAGAUAACAAUUCUAAUUAAGACAACAGCAACGAGCAACGUUUAAAACGUAACAUAAAUGUACCAAAGUUCUUCGAUUGUUAUUCAGAAAAUCUUAAGCGCUAGUUUAACUUUUUUGUAACUUACAAAUAUUAUUAUUUGUUUGUAUUUUAAUGUUUAAACAUUUCAUGUAGUACAAAUGAAAACUUGUAUUUACUAAUCAUUUACACAUCAAUUCAAAAAUAUUAGCCUGAAUACUAGAAUUCUGACGAAAAUAUGAGGUCCACUUUUCAUCGUGGAAUGCAUUUUUUAUUUAAGAAAAAUUUACUGUUAACAAACAGUAUUACAUCUGGUGGUUUUCUCGGUAUAGGUGAUUUAAUUCAACAAGAAAUAGAAUUUCAGUCACAUAUUUUACCAGAACGAUAUGAUUGGGCUCGAACAGCCAGAAUGUUUAUUGUAGGAACCUUGAUGGGCCCUAUGCAUCAUUACUAUUAUAUAUGCUUAGAUAAAAUUUUACCUAAAACAAAUUUAAAAACAGUUGCACAAAAAAUUUUAAGUGAUCAACUUAUUGCUUCUCCAGCAACAAUUAUAUGCUUUUUCUACGGCAUGGGUAUUUUAGAAAGAAAAAAUUUUCAAGAAAGUACUGAAGAAAUUAAAAAGAAAAUCAAGUAUGUUUAUAUUGGGGAUUGUUUAUUUUGGCCACCGGUGCAGUUUGUCAAUUUUUAUUACUUGCCUACGCACUACAGAGUGUUUUACAUAAAUUUCGCAACAAUGAUAUUUAAUGUAUUUUUGUCAUAUAUGAAACACUUUGAUCAACACAAGUAAAUUCUUUAAGAUAAGUUAAAUAAAUUAUUAUUUAUUGUAAAUAUGUAUAAAAAGUAAAUUUUUUAAAUGUA